CGAAUGCCUGGUCUAAAAUUAGAGGAGGGCGGAGCUAGUGAGGACCCCAAAUCCCGGAGUUGCGCACGGUUGGUGGCUCCGUACGGUAACGUAACAUGGCGCCCACUAUACAGACUCAGGCCCAGCGGGAGGAUGGUCACCGGUCCAAUUCCCACCGGACAGUCCCGGAACGGUCGGGAGUGGUUUGUCGAGUGAAGUAUUGCAACAGUCUCCCAGAUAUCCCCUUUGACCCCAAGUUUAUCACUUACCCCUUUGACCAGAACAGGUUUGUGCAGUACAAAGCCACCUCCUUGGAGAAGCAGCACAAACAUGACCUGCUGACGGAGCCGGACCUGGGUGUCACCAUCGACCUCAUCAACCCUGACACUUACCGCAUCGACACAAAUGUUCUUCUGGAUAUUGCCGAUGAGAAACUUCUUGAGGAGGAAAUUCAAGCCCCCAGCAGCUCCAAGAGAUCUCAGCAGCAUGCUAAAGUCGUCCCCUGGAUGAGGAAGACUGAGUAUAUCUCCACAGAGUUCAACAGAUACGGCGUCUCCAAUGAGAAGCCUGAGGUCAAGAUUGGCGUGUCCGUCAAGCAGCAGUUCACAGAGGAGGACAUCUACAAGGACAGGGACAGUCAGAUCUCUGCUAUCGAGAAAACCUUUGAAGACGCUCAGAAAGCUAUUACUCAACAUUACAGCAAGCCACGUGUCACCCCUGUGGAGGUCAUGCCGGCCUUCCCCGAUUUCAAGAUGUGGAUCAAUCCGUGCGCUCAGGUCAUCUUUGACUCUGAUCCUGCUCCUAAGGAGGCAACCGGCUCAGCGGCGCUGGAUAUGAUGUCUCAAGCCAUGAUCAGGGGUAUGAUGGAUGAAGAAGGAAACCAGUUUGUGGCCUACUUUCUUCCAGGUGAGGAAACCAUGCGGAAGAGGAAGAGAGACCAAGAUGAGGGUCUGGACUACAUGGCAGAAGAUAUAUACGAUUACAAGAUCGCCAGAGAGUACAACUGGAACGUCAAAAACAAGGCCAGCAAGGGAUACGAGGAGAACUACUUCUUCAUCUUCCGUGAAGGUGACGGCGUUUACUACAAUGAGCUGGAGACCAGAGUGCGUCUCAGCAAGAGGAGGGUGAAGGCCGGCGUCCAGUCUGGAACAAAUGCUGUACUUGUGGUGAAACACAGAGACAUGAAUGAGAAGGAGUUGGAGGCUCAGGAAGCCCGCAGAGCUCAGCUGGAGAACCAUGAGCCUGAGGAGGAAGAAGAGGAGAUUGAGGUGGAUCGUGAAAUUCCAGGAUCAGAUGCAGAAGAUGGAGAGAAGGGCAGUGAGAGCGAGAAGGAGGGGAGUGCCGGCGAGGCUUCUGGCAGCGAAAGCGAGCGGGAAGACGUACCGGAGGAGAAGGAGGAGGAUAAGGAAAGCAGUGAGGAGGACAGAGCUGCUCGAGACAAGGAGGAGAUCUUUGGAAGCGAUGAUGAUGACAGUGAUGACGAUGCCCAGAAUGAGAGUGGCGGUGAGGCAGAGGACAGCGGCAGCGAAGAGGAGGAAGAAGAGAAAAACAGAAGGAGCCGCAGUGCCAGCAGUAGUCCUUUCGGGAGCGACCGUUCCCAGCAAGAUAACGAAGAACAGAGCGGCAGCGAGCAGGGCUCAGCAUCUAGUGAUGGUAGUGACAGUGACUGAGCCCCCACGCAUCAGAUAUCUGGUGGUUUUGUAUAUAUUUGUUUGUAUUAUACUUUUAGUUGAAUAAAAAUUUUCCAUGA